CACGGGUAAAGCAAACGCUCGCUGGGCACAACUCGUCCGAGGGACCGAGGGGGCGUCACGCGGAUGAAAAAUUGAAAAAUCAGCUCGCGAGUAUGGCAUCGCAAGGAUGGCUGUUGCCGCUGCUAGUGCUGGGCACCGGCGCGCUCGCGUUGAUCCCCACCGCCCGACAGUCCAGCCAGGAGUCCCUGAGGAGCGCCUUGGACGCCGUCAUACGGAAGCAGAGGUCCCUGGACGCGGUGGACUACAACGACCUCCACUCGUUCAAGUACCACGGCGGCGACGCCGACCGCAAGUUCGACCGGGACCUCGACGAGGAGGACGAGGAGAUCGAGUUCUUACCAGGCGAUAAUGGCCAGUUGGAAACAGUGGGGGAUGGCUUCCAAGGUCUGCACGACAAGUUACAAAGGGCGUUGUUCGAUUACCUGGAGAGCGUGCCUGAGCAGGAAGAGCCGGUGGCCUCGAUCUUCCGCGAACGCGAGCGAAGCUCCAGCCGCAAACGCGGCGGCACCGGCGAUCGGAUGAACAUCGACAACAAGGACCUGGCGAAACUGGUCUUGGGCAAAUCGCUGGACGGUUUCCCAUACGGUCUGAACGAGAUGGAGGACGGCGACGAUUAUUUAACCGCUUUACAAACGCUUUCCGACAGAUACAGAGCUGGUAGAGGGAACAAAGUAUACGAAACUGCAGGACCAAUGUCUUGGGGCGAGCUUCUGAGCAAGGGCUCGUCGAUGAGGGGCCAGACGAGAGACGGCAGCGACAACGAAUUCAUGGGCCGCGACCAGGACCAGAGCAUUUUGUACUUGACACCGGCUGAGCGCAGGAACGUCAACGGCAGAUAUCCGAUCGGCCGCGAGUUCGGUGGCUAUCGCAAGUUCUCCAAGCGCUAUCCGGUCGCUAAGAGAAGCCCCAGACCUACUCAGACCAAGUUGAAGACCACCGACCCCAAGGUUGCUCAAGAUCUGGGAGCUUUAUUCGGCACGCAAUCUACGGACGCCCAUAAUCGCACUUACAAGUCUGAACACGAUCACGAUCACGAUCACGACCAUGCACACGAACACGGCCACGACCACGAUCAUGAUCACGAUCAUGUCCAUAAUCACGAUCAGGAUCGGGAUCACGAUCACAAUCACGAUCACGGCCACGAGGAGGGUGCGACGGGGACGCCACUGAAUGCGACGUCAGUGCCGAAGAGCCAGAAGGAGAGCGCGAUGAAGACGGCCAAAUCAAAAUUCGUCCAGGUGAGGAAGAAGAGCGUCGACUGGUCGCAGUAUUUCGGCAUCGACCGGAGAAAGAAGAAGGCCACCUUCAUGGCCGGCCCAGGAACGCAGAAUCAGGACGACGAGUGGAUCCUGCAACGCUAUUACGAGAACAUGGCCGAGAACUUGAAGUCGAAGGAGAACGAGAACGAACGGAAGGACAAGCUCGAACAGAUGGACUCGAAGCUGAAAUACAUCAAGGACCUGAUCAGCGACGAACCCUUGAGAUACGCCGACCUGGAGGACGAAACGGAAGCGGAUCUGCAGAAGGUGAAGGAUAAGAUAAUGACGAGGAUGGCGGCGGCCUACUCGCUGCAGAAGAUGCGCAAGGCCUUGAGCGAUCUCAGAAGCAACGUCGCGGCUCAGAAGGAGGCGCAGAAGACGCAGAAGGAGGCGCACAAUAAUUCGACGUCGAGUUACCGCAACAACGGCCACGGGAACACUAAUGGCAACGACGGCGGUGGCGAUAGAAUCGACGAGAAACGCAGCGAAGUCGACCAAAAUAUAGACGAGGGUCUGUUUCGAUCUUAUAUAGCCGUCGAUGACAACUGUCCUGGAAUUAAAGAGAUUGAGUGGCAAUGCAGAGCCGAGAGUAAGAUAAGAAGAAUCGGGGAAGAAGACUCGUUUUGGAUGUUCGCACCUUGCGUGAAGCUACAGAUGUGCAAAGUCUGCGCGCAGAAUGAGGAAGACCUACAAUACUGUCUCAGUAACUACAUCACGGAAUCCGACGCGGUGUGCGACACGUUGAGCUCCAAAGGAAUGCGGAUCAGCGACUCGUCCAGGCUCGGAGCGAGCUUCAAGCAUCACAAGGACGGCCAGUCGUGCGCGAACGCCGCGUUGCUGCUGUCGCAGCUGCAGCCGCCGGUUGCGGCCAUGGAGUGCCGUAACGUGCGCAAGUCGUGCGCGCGACACUACGAUUACCAACACAAGUUCUACUAUAUCCCCUCGCCGGGUUAUUUACGGAAAAUGUCAAACCUAUAAGAACGGGGAACGACUGGCGUCCUUCGGCAGCCCUCGAUCAGCCGCGUAAAGCGGGGUCUACAAUGAGAAUUUAAGCUCCAAGCUUUAAGAAAUUGACCAAUCACAAUUAAUUAUUCUCCUAUAAUUCGGUUAUGAUUGGUCAAUUUCUUAAGGCUUAAAGCUUAAAGUAUCUAUUAUAGAUUAUAACUAAUGUCAAAAGAGAGAAAGAUAGAGAGAGAGAGAGAUCUUCCGUCGUAACGAGGCGUCGGCCGAGGUAAUCGCGUUCCUCAGGCACGUUCAGCCCCUCAGCGGGCACCACGGCAGUCGCAUUAGGCUCUUAGUUGGGCUCCGGGUUUGUUCGUGGAGGCGGAAGGACAACGGAGGAUCCACGAGUAAGCGAUUCCAAAGCAUUCGUGCCGAAGUUUUAUUCGCGAGAAUGCGAGAGGCUUUAUUUUUUCAUAUUUCAUUGUCGACCGCGCUGCAAUUUGUCUCGUUUCGCGACAGCUCACGGGACCUGCCUCGUGGUACUCGCCGAGGUGAUUAACGGGCUGUUUUCACGGGCGGACGGUGUUCUCGAGUCGAGGCGUCGGUCGUCUUGGAACGGCACGACGUGGCUGACGAAGAGCGUGCCGCUCGCGCACGCGUGUUUUCUUGCUCCCGAUUCGAGACCACGCGUCCGGGCUCGAAUGUAGUGGCAGUGGAGUUAACAAUGGUGAUAUAUGGGAAAGCUCCUUCCGCACGCGAGGCUGCUUUCAUGAUUGAUGUAUCGGUCCCUCGUCGACGGAGAAUUCAAGAGAGAGAGAGAGAGAGAGCAUAUUAGAAGAGAUGGGCGCACGCGCGGUUAGUUAGUCUAAAAUUGAGACGAGGCGACGCGUUUUACUCCCAAGCAGUAAGGUCACGUAAAAUGACGUCUUAUUGACGUCAUUGAGACAUUAUUAAAACGUCAUUUUUUGACGUCACCUUGCUGCUUGAGUUGCCUAUUUGCGAGGCGCGCCGCUCGUCUGGACGACCUCCCAGAUACCGCUGUAUUCUCCUCCGCGACUGAACAACGACUUAACGAACUGCAGAGACAAUAAUGAACGACCGAUGCAAUCGAUGCCCACGAUGACAAUUCGCGACGUUCCGCAGCCUUGCGACGCGUUCGCCGCCGAAAGGUCGCGGAAAUGCGUCUCGACCGACGGAUUCAGACAUAUUCGUACGAGCGCCUCGCAAAGCAAAUCGAACCACACAAUAAAAGUUUCGUGUUAAAAACGGACCGAUGAGAUUUUUGUGUUAUUUUAACAAAAUGAAUGUGUUGGAAGGUAAUAUAUUAACA